AUGGGAAUCCAAGUCGUCGAGUCCUCGCUAGAACCGCCUCGAUCGUCUUUCGCGCAGCCGCAGCAGCAGCAGCAGCAACAAUACGGACCAUGGCACUACCGCGAUGUGCGCUCAAGCAGCCGCCGUUAUGGCUGGGGUGAAGGACCGGCGGCGGCGGCGGCGGCGGCGGCGGCCCUCAUCUCGAAUGCAUUUUCCGAGAAGAAGAGGUUUGCUGGGGCCGCGGAGGGGGGCAGCAGCAGGGGUAACGGCAAGGGUACCAGCAAGAUGGCGGCGGCGUGUCUUCCACUUCCUGCUCUUGUCGUCGAACAGGCCCAGGAAAAGCAACCGGGAACAAGCAGUGCCAUAUCAACAGAAGUUCUCCCAGUUCAAGCUCCAGAACCGGCACCAGCACCCGCGACAGCAAUAACCUCAGCCUCAGCACCCGCGACAGCAAUAACCUCAGCCUCAGCACCCGCAACAGCAACAACCUCACCGUGGCCAUCAUUCACAAUCCUAAUACCUUCUGCCUCUACUUCCCCAAUCCUCACAUUCCCACUUACUCCCAGCAACCCACCGCAUCUAUCGCAACCUGAGGCACAUGUCCUUGCCAGACCCAAAAGCCUUAAACGUUCUCGUCCCUGCACAGACGUAGACGGCCACAACACCGCCCCGCUUCCGUGCAAGAAGCGGCGUCUGCGGCUAAACUUGGUCACCUCCCGUCUGUCUCAUCCCUUUUCGUUACCCGCUACACAUAUCCUCAACCGGGAAUCGAUCCUUAAGGGAGAUAAGAGGCUACGAAGUAUAGCGGCGGCAGCGAAUAGGAGGAUGGCCAUGGCUGGAUGGGGAUUUGGAGGAGUUGGGGGGCAAAAUGGGGGCGGCGGGGGAAUGGCAAUGGCGAUGGGAGGGAAUGGAAGUGCGGCGUCGUUGUUGAGGAAGAUGGCGGUCAUGAACCGGUUCAGGAUGAGGAUGAUGGGGGAGGGGUUGAUGAGGGCUCAGCAGGCUCAGCGGGCUGCGCAGGCACAGGCUGUACAGGCACAGGCUCAUGAAGUUGGGCAAGGGAGAGGAGGAGGAGGAGGUCCGCCAGCGGUGGCGGGACAUGUUGGGGUUGGGGGAACUACCGGAGGAGUACCAAUGCAACGAACAGCGCAAGGACAUGAUGGCUACGGACCCGGAACAAGUCAUCAGCCUCCUCCACCCAGGGGCAGUCAAGCUGGUGGGCAACAAGUGCCGGUGCCAGUCAUAACAGGGUUUCCCCCGCCGGUGAUACACACCACCACCUCCAACUCAGAACCAUCAACACCACAAGGCCUCUCUCCCUCUCCGCCCCUUCACCCACUUCACUCACCAGACCUUCGGCCCACAGACGACCAAGACGAUCAAGAUUUUGACGACGAAGAUGUUGCCUUUCCUACAUCAGCGCACGAAAGUCGAUAUGAAGGCGGAGAUGAGGAAGAAGGGCACGAAGUGUAUGCGGAUUUUGGGGUUUUAUUCGGCGGUGGUGGUGGAGACGAUGAUUUGGACGUUGAGGGAGACAGAAUGUCUGGCGAGAUGUCUGUAGAGCAGCAGGAGUGUUUGGGUUUGGACAAUUGGGAUGGGAUUUCUUGGGGGGCUGCGUAG